AUGGUGUGUCUUAGGGUAAUUGUUCAAGGGGGUAAAACAGGUGAAAGGAACUGUGGAACAAAACACUAUUUAUCAAAGCAUCACCAGUGUACUACAUGUGGAAAAGGUUUUGCAAAGAAAAAUCACCUCAUUAUUCAUCAGAGAAUCCAUACGGGAGAAAGGCCUCACCAGUGUUCUACAUGUGGAAAAGGGUUUGUUCAGAAAAGUACUCUCAUCAGGCAUCAGAGAACCCAUACUGGAGAAAAGCCUCACCAGUGUACUUUUUGUGGGAAAGGCUUUACAGAGAAACGUGAUCUCAUCAGGCAUCAGAGAACCCAUACUGGGGAAAGACCUCACCAGUGUGCUACAUGUGGAAAAGGCUUUAGACAGAAAAGUGCCAUCAUCAGCCAUCAGAGAAUCCAUACCGGAGAAAGGCGUUACCAGUGUGCUACAUGUGGAACAGGGUUUACACGAAAAAAUGACCUCAUUAUUCAUCAGAGAAUCCAUACCGGAGAAAGGUCUUACCAGUGUGCCACAUGUGGAAAAAGCUUUGCACAAAAAAGUGAUCUCAACAGGCAUCAGAGAACCCAUACUGGAGAAAGGCCUCAUCAAUGCACUACAUGUGGGAAAGGGUUUACACGGAAAUUUCAUCUCAUUACUCAUGAGAAAAGCCAUACUGGAGGAAGGGGUUACCUUUGUACCACAUGCGGAAAAGGAUUUGCCAAUAAAGGUAAUUUGAACAGUCAUCAGAAAUAUCAUACUGGUGAAUGGCCUCACCAGUGAACUACAUUUGGAAAAACGUUUAUGCAGAAAAUCACCUCAUUGUUCGCCAGAGAACCCAUACUGGAGAAAGGGCUUACCAGUGUGCCACAUGUGGCAAAGGCUUUGUACAAAAAGGUGAUCUCAACAGGCAUCAGAACAUUCUCAUUGAGUACAACUAACACUUGACUUCUGUAAUAAGUUAGAUAACCCAGCGUCUUUCCACACAUACACACAAAUGGAAACUUCUUUCACAGUGUUAUAGUUGUAUUUAUUUUAAUUUUAUUUCUAUGCAUUGUACAACUUGAUUACUUAAUUACAAUUUGAAAAUCCCUCAGACAUG